UUGUAUUACGAUUAAUAAACUAUUGUAAUUGCUUCUAUGUGCCUAUGACUUGAUUUGUGUCUGUUGUGCGAGGAAUACAACGAGUAAAUAAAUGUUUUUGUUAAGUGGCAAACGCAAAACGGCAAUAACAAACAGCGAGCUAUAACUUUUAUCUUGAAUCAUUAGUACAUUUGGUAGUUUCCUGCUAGUCAUACAAUCCGAAUAAGGACGCUAAGUUAUGUGAUUGAUUUUUAUUUUAUUUCCGUUCAUUUCGUAUAGGUCAUUCAUUGAUUCAUUCGUAAGGCAUACUAACAAUACACACAGAGACGACACGACGUCGUGUAAACUAAUUACAAAAAUAUAUUCGACACGCAAAAAAGAAGUACUGAGUACAAAAUUAGGCAAAUGUCGGUUGAGUAUUUGUUGAUGUAUUAGUUGUAUGAAACUUGAGUAUAUUUGUAGAAGCACGAGCUAAAACCGUAGAGUUUAUGAAACAUCGGCGCCGACGCAAAUGUAGGGCGAAGGCAAACUGAUCCGAGAGUUGUAUGAAUAAUUAUGAUAUAUUUUGCAUGUGAAGCUGUAAAAUUAAAUGAUAAUGUAGCAUUUAUUGAUGAUAGGAGCGGGGUUCAUUAAAUAGCGAUAAUGCUAUGCAUUACGUUGGAAAAAAAAGAUAUUCAUUUGUUUCGGAACGUAAAAUAACUCUAUUUUUUUUACAAUAGAGCUGGUAAAUCAAUACUCGAGCGCAUCGUUAGGGAUUUACGUUACUCCAUAUUUAAUAAUUGCGUGUUGGAGGACUGGGUUAGAGGAACUCACCAGCAACUCCACCAAAAUGACGCUCUGCGCUCAUUUCAAAGAAAGGAAUAGAGAGUGUAUAAACCUAACAUAAAAGAUAAUUGUGUCAUACUCGUUAUCACUUUAUUGAACACCUUAGUCUAAACUCUUAAAGGCUAGAGUAGUGAAAAACAAAAUUCUAAUAUGAACGUCGUAGAACCGCCGAGAGCCAUUAGUUGACGAGUUUCCAUUGAACUCGUCUGACUCCAGUUGUACGGCUUCUUUGUACGCAAUCCCAUUACUGAAUUUCUUGGUUCCGGUGUUGUUUAAUCCAGCUUGUAAUGGGAUAUGGAGCAAUGAUUAGCUUGUGUAGCUUGCAUUUACUACCAAGUAACAUAAUACAAUAGAAUCGGCAUGCAAAUGUUAAUUUACCUCAUUUUGCUAAUUUCUGUUCAUAUUCUAUUGCCUGAUAUAGACAUUGCUGACGCAGUCUUGUAAACCGGUUUACGCGUAGAUAAGUUGUGUUUAAGUUGUUGUUUUAACCGAAAGAACUCAAUGUCAGCGAACGGCCUCAAACGCCGCUCGCGGGAGUGCAUGCGCACUGGCCUUAUAGUACUUCCCAAAACCUAUUGGCCGAUCGCCUCGGACGCUUUCGCUUCGCAUUUUAUAAAAUUAUGUUGUACGUUUCAAAAUAGUCUAUAAUAAUAUAUCUAUCUCUCUCUAUCUAGAAAAUCGCAAUUACAAUAUGAUAUCACCGUCGUUGUUUCUUAGAUCUUUACGAAAAUUGAUAUUAUGACGAAUGAACACAGCUUACGAUUUCCUUGUUUAUCGUCUGAUUGUGUCGGUGAGUCAACGACGCAUAUCGAUGCGGGCUACAAAUAACGAUAAAAGCUAAACAUUACCGAUUUAAAUAACUAAUUCGUUGAACAUGGCCAACUCACGGAUGCACUGAUGGUUAUUAACAGUUUAUACAGUCGUAUCAUCUUCAGCCGAAAUUUACGUAUUUUUUGAUGCGACCGAAGCCUCGCCAAUAGCCAGCUUUUGGGUGUUCUGCGACAUCGUGGUGCGCGACGGUGAGAUGGUGUGCGUAGAGCUGGUGGCUCGCGGAAGGGGCGGCGCCGCGCAGGCCGUCAUCUUCCUCGGCUCCAUCCGCUACGACGCGCUCACCCGGGUUUACGACGCCAGGCAAUCUUCCCUUUCGACGAAGGUGGCGCAACGCAUGUCUUUCGGUCUGCUGGGGGCACGCGGAGCCGGCGCGGCGCGAUGCGAGUUCGUUCGUAUGAGGGGACCCGGCGGGAAGGGCCACGCCGAGGUGGCGGUGUCGCGACCGCGCGGCUCCGGCGCUCCGACGCCGAGCUCGGAGCCCGGCCUCACGGCGGCGGAGCUGUGGGACAGCGACUGGGAGGACGACCCCGACGACAUGUUCCUCUACCGCCAUCAGCGACGGCUCAGCGACCCGUCGGCCAACAUAGCGUCGUUCGUGCGCGGCGGGUGGCGAUCCCGCGAUCGAGCGGGCGAAGCCCGAGACAAGAGCCGCUCGGAGAACGAGGGGCUGGACUCGAUGGUCGACGGCCUGGCCGAAGUGGAGGCGGGAGACCUUAGAGACGGUCGCAGAGGGUCGGGCUCCUCGCGGGGGCGCGGCGAGUGCAUGCGCGCCGUGGCCGGGCCCCCGGCGCGACCGGCGCCCCUCUCCCCCGCCUGCCUGCAUCGCCGCGCGCCCGCCGCCGAGCCCGCCACGCGCGUCGCCCGCACGCCGCCGCCGCUCCGCCCGCUGCCCCCGCCGCCUCUGCCGCUCGGCGCGCCGCGGGGCUCGCCCCGCUGCGAGAUAGCCUGCGACGUCGCCUCGCUCGACGGGGGCGACCUCGCCGCCGCCGAGUCGCGCCUCCGCCCCGCCCGCCCCUCCGACCGGGCGAGGACGGUGCGCGGCCGCGAGGAGCUCCCGGGCGAGCUCGGGCCGCGGCCGCCUUCGCCCGGCCGGAGGGACGGCGGCGAGGCGGUCGCGGAGGGAGAGGGGGAGGGCGGGGGCGCGGGGCGCUGGAGCGACAGCGCGCGGGCCUACGUGACCCUGCCGCGGCGGCGAGGCGUGGCGGCGGCGCUGUUCCGCGCUUCCCGCCUUCCGCCGCGCCGCACCACGCCGGACGGCACCGACGUCUACUACUGGUGCGAUCUGCCCAAGCGCAGCGUUCACGAGCUGGACGACGGCGCGUACAACCCUCUGUGGGCGCUGCGCGGCUUCACGCAGACGUUCCACCUGUGGAAGGAGGGCAAGCGGCAGCAGAGCGCGCCCCUCUCCGCUUUCCUCACCUACGUGACGCUACCCUGGUGGGCCAUCGCCAAAGAUAUUUUGGAUCAUCGCGAGGAGCCGAUCUUGACCUUCUGAGGCCGGCCGGGCCUUGAGGAUCUGUGAGGGGUUGGCGCUCCUCGGUUAAGUUAACUUUUCGAACUGAACUGCUACUAUUUUUCUGAACCGUGCUCAUUGCUCAGGGCUGAACGUCGCCAUCUUUCGAACCAUUCCCGAACUACAUUCCUCCGCGAUCCGUCGACGUGCAUUACCGGAAGAGGGCGUUGUCUUCAAAGACAAUCACAAAUGUGCAACACAAAUUAAAUAGAUUCUUUUCAAUUCUAGUCAUUUGGACAUUUGGAUGUUUACUUAUCUCCGAGUAGCGAUCAUUUGUUGGCAGCGAAUGUUGAUUUUAAUUGUGAUAUUUUGGCAUAUUUUGCGAUUGGUGAUGAGUAACAGAUCAUUAUUUUUUAUAUAAAUGCGACAAACCGAACGACUGUAUAUGUAUAUGUAAGUAUAAAUAGAGUUAAGAGCGAGUGAUUUUGUAUUAAUUGUAUUGCCUCGAGAGAGACGGAGCUAGUUGCAUCGAUCUAAGUGAUUCUAAAUAAUUAUUAAAAUCUUUUCGAGAGAUGCCUCUCGGCCGAUGCGACUGGUGCCAGUGUUGCGAGGCGUUUUCUAGUCGUGAUGAUCUUCAUAUGUGUAUUCUAAUAUAAUAUUUCCUCGAAUAAAUUAUUUAAAUGA